AUGUCGCAAACAGCGAGGUGCGAUAACGUUAUCAGCGUUUUACUAUAUGCUGUCCUCGCCAUCGUAAGAUACAUUCUGCAUUCUCCACCUCCUGACAACCCCUACGACAUCCUUAAAGACGAGCUCAUACGUCGGCCAACUGAGUCGGAACAGCGUAGGCUUCAGCAGCUACUCCCUUCUGAAGAACUCGGUGACCUAACGCCUACGGAGCUUCUGCGUCGCAUGCGACACCUGAUCGGGGACCACCCUGCUGCAUUGGACGCAUCUAUCCUACGCGAACUCUUCUUACAGCGAAUGCCACAGCCGGUGCGGGAGAUUAUGAGCGUAUCGUCUACAGAAACCCUCGACUCACUAGUGCGGAUGGCCGACAAGAUUAUGAAUAUCGGUGUGCCGUCUAUAUCUGCGAUUGAAAGACCACGCAAAUCUACUCUCUCUGCACCGGUCCUCGACGACUGCUUGGCCCGCCUUCUUCAAGCUAACGAGAGGUUCAACCGCAAGGUGGAUCAUUUGGGCACUGAACUGAGCGCGCUCAAGGGAUACCAACGCUGCAAUGCGUCAAGAGAACGGCGCCAAAUCCGCGAAUGA